GGAAAUGAGGUCAGCUCUGUCUCUUUUUUUUUGGGGUUUUUAAAGAGAGAAAACCAGUCUUUCUGGUUUCGGUGUAAGGUGAGAGACAGCCUCGCCCUGCUCCUCGGUGGAGCUAUGAGCGAGCAGCUGCUGUGGUCAGUGCAGCAGGCGGCGGUGUCAGGAUGCGGACCCCGGCGGUGAUGAUCCUGGGGCUGGUGCUUGCACCGGCCGGCUACGUGCUGCUCAUCACCUGCCUGGCCGCCCCCGCCUGGAGGGACGUGUCGGGGAUUCCCAGCGGGGCGCUGGAUGAGGUGCACCACCAGGGGCUCUGGGAGAUCUGCAGGGACGAGCAGUCGGUGCGGGAGCUGACCUGCGGGCUGGCCGACGACGCCUACUUCAACGACCCGGUGCUGUCCAUCGCCCGGGGGCUGAUGAUCGCCUCGUUGGUGGUGUCCGCGGGUGGAAUCCUGGUCACCACCUUCGGGGUGCGCUGCUGGACUGACAUCCCCCACUACAGGGUGGCAGGGGUCGGGGGCAUCAUCCUGGUGCUCGGAGGGAUCCUGAGCCUGAUUCCUGUCUCCUGGUACACCCACCUUCUCCGGCAGAUCCCCAACACCGUGGGGGGCACCGACCUCAACGUUGGCUACGCGGUGGUGCUCGGCUUCGUUGGCGGCAGCCUGAUCGUCAUCGCCGGCAUCCACCUGAUGUUUAGCUUCGGCAAGGUGUUGGAAAGACGCAGCCCGGGGAACAAAACUUAUUACCCAAAGGCCCCAGCCUAUCCCACCAGCAGAUAUCCCACUGGCAUUACCAACCCAGUCACAGUCAUAGACUUACCAGUGUCCAGCCAAUCCACUCCAACUCCCUGGGACGCUGACUUGUAGAUGGACCAGGUUCAAUCAGGUUUCUUCAGCAGUAUCUCAUAAACUUGGUCCCUCCAACAACCAGGAGAACAAGGACAACAAUUACAUGGGAACACCAUCAAUUCCCAAGUUUCCAUUCACAUUACACAGCAUCCUGAUUUGGACAAAAAAAACACUUUUCUUUAUCAUUGCUGGGUAAUAAUCAAGAAACAUUUUAUCUGUCAACACUCCAGGAAUGUCUUCACCACAAAUAAAGGAUUCCAGAAAUCAUUAAAUAUUUGUCAUACCUUUCUAGAGAGAUACUAGGGACGGAUGAUACUCACAGUGAUGCUCACAGAUUAAAGUUGUUGUUAAAAAUAAAUCAUUAGUGAAAGCAACAAUGAGAUCUAUGUCUUCAGUAGAUUUAAGGAUGAAGCAAUUAUAUGCCAUCUACAAACUAACAUGCAACAAACUUUAGGAAGCUAACAUGUGCUUGAUAAUGCUCAAAUACUGGGAAAUAAGAGAUGCCAAUAUGAUGUUUUUUUUACAAACAAAGGUAAUGACUUUGCAUGAGAAACUAAUGGAAAUCUAGAUUUGAUAAAUGUUAAUUAACAGCUAUUGAAUCUAACUAUGUAACUGCUCUGUGGCUAGUAGUAAUGCAAUAUGUUACGCAAGGUAGAAAUAAUGGAAAUUGAGAUAUGCUUAAUCCAUACUUAAAUGCUGUUUUACUAGCCAAGUAAAGUUCAAUGAGUGCAUGUGCCUUUUCUAAGGAUAUAAAAGGGAAAUAGUGGCUUAUUUGAAUAGCAAGCAAAACCAUCCCUUGUAAAGAGCACAAUUGUGACAGAAUAAACAUAGGAUGACAUAGAAAGCAUAAAAUGUUAAAUAUUGUUUCCAGAGUGCAGUAUAGACUAUUUUCUCUGAAGCUCACAGAUUACUGAAAGAAUGUGAAAAUAGGUGAUGGUAUGUCUGAGGAACCAACUUGCGUCUUUAUACUUCCUGUAGGGAUUGAAAGUCAGACAAUUGGAGCUGUUAAAUCAUAAUCCUGUCAAUCCCAGAAUUCUUGUUGACAGCACACAUACCUUUGAUAUGGUUCUUCCACAGAUUACUUUGUAAAAUAUUAGGUUUCAGGUGAUACAUCUACUAUUGAAUAGGGCUGAAACCAUAGCUGAAACCAUAGCCUCUGGAGGUAGCAGCUACAGCGACUGUGCGGUGAGUAUUCCUGGCUAUCGUGUACCCAAUGCAGGGAUCUAGUAGAAGCCCUUGGAGCCAUGUUUGGGACUCCGGCCAAUGAAGAUGAACUCUUUAAGUACUAUCUUUUUAUUCUUUUGUAUCUUAAAAUGGCGCCGGAUUGAGGUGACAGAACAAUUUUCACUGUAUCUUUUUAGAUAUAUGUGACAAUAAAUCAUUGUCAUUCAUUCAAAGUGAAAGUAGAAAUUGGAUAAAUUUGAGGGAUAGAAAGAUAUUUGGAAGAGCUAUGUUUUUGGCUCUGUUUUAAGUAUGAUGGAUUCAAUAUUCUUUCACAAAUGUUUCUGCACAUCUAGAAUAUAUAUAGUAUUAAAUUGACAUUGUUGAAUAAUGAUAAGUUUUAUAUCACCCACUCUUAGCUAAUUGUACAGACAGUAGUGGAUAUAAUGUAUAUAAUUCCACUGUUGUAAUGAAUGUUAACCAAUGUU